GACGGAGCGGACGGGCGGGAGAGAGAGAAAGCCCGACCGACCGGCAGCCGAAGAGCUGCAUGCAACCGGUGGGAGGCCGGGCCAGCUGGGGCUGGGGCUCGGGCCGUUUCUUGGCGGCUCCCUGACGGAGAGCGCGGACGGCCCGGAGGCGGCGGCUCUGAGCUGGCAGGCGGAGGGUUGUCUCCCGCGCCCGCCUGCCCGGCUCGGUCCGAGGAUGCGGGGGGGCGAUGCCCGGGGCCAGGGACGCGCUCUGUCACCAGGCGCUGCAGCUGCUAGCCGAGCUCUGUGCCCGUGGGGCCCUGGAGCACGACAGCUGCCAGGAUUUCAUCUACCACCUGCGGGACCGCGCCAGACCCCGGCUUCGCGACCCAGAUAUCUCAGUGAGCCUGCUGACCCUUGUGGUCACUGCCUGUGGCCUCGCGCUUUUUGGCGUGUCUCUCUUCGUGUCUUGGAAACUCUGCUGGGUUCCAUGGCGAGAACGAGGCCUGCUCUCUGGUAGCAAAGACGACAAUCGGGAACCUCUUAACUACACGGACACAGAGACCAAUGAGCAGGAGAACAGUGAGGGCUUCCUAGACCCUCCCACCCCCUGCCCUGACUCUUCCAUGAAGAUCAGCCACACCUCCCCUGACAUUCCCCUCUCGACCCAAGCGGGGGGCCAGGAGAACUGUGCCCAUGGCGUCCGUGUACAGCGCCAAGUCACAGAGCCAACCUCGUCGGCCCGGCAUAAUUCAAUCCGGAGACAGCUCAACUUGUCAAACCCGGACUUCAAUAUCCAGCAGCUUCAAAAACAGGAACAGUUGACUGGAAUUGGCCGAAUUAAACCAGAGUUAUAUAAGCAGAGGUCACUGGAUACUGAUGAUGGGACAAGGAGUAACAGCAAAGCCUGUGGGAAACUGAAUUUCAUUUUGAAAUAUGACUGUGACUUAGAGCAGCUCAUAGUGAAGAUUCACAAAGCUGUCAAUUUGCCCGCCAAGGACUUCUCUGGGACUUCAGAUCCUUAUGUCAAGAUCUAUUUGCUUCCUGAUCGGAAAACAAAACACCAGACUAAAGUGCACAGAAAGACCCUAAACCCUGUGUUUGAUGAAGUGUUUUUGUUUCCGGUUCCCUACAAUGACCUUGCAGCACGGAAGCUUCACUUCUCUGUGUAUGACUUUGACAGGUUCUCUCGCCAUGACUUGAUCGGCCAAGUGGUGGUGGAUCACUUCUUAGACUUGGCUGAUUUCCCCAGGGAGUGCAUCCUUUGGAAGGAUAUCGAGUAUGUCACCAAUGACAAUGUGGAUCUUGGAGAGCUGAUGUUUUCCCUCUGCUACCUUCCAACUGCUGGCAGGCUGACCAUCACUAUUAUAAAAGCGAGGAAUUUAAAGGCAAUGGACAUAACAGGAGCAUCAGAUCCCUACGUGAAAGUGUCACUGAUGUGUGAUGGCAGACGACUGAAGAAGAGGAAAACAUCCACCAAGAGGAACACUCUGAAUCCCGUUUACAACGAAGCCAUAGUCUUUGACGUCCCUCCCGAGAACAUUGACCAAAUCCACUUGUCCAUAGCCGUCAUGGACUAUGACCGUGUAGGUCAUAAUGAGAUCAUCGGCGUGUGUCAAGUAGGCAACGAAGCUGAGAGGCUGGGCAGAGACCACUGGAGUGAGAUGUUGUCGUAUCCUCGGAAGCCCAUUGCACACUGGCAUUCCCUGGUGGAGGUAAGACCCUACUCCCACAUGCUCCACUUUGUGGAAGAAUAAAUGCUUUACUGUUGAAACGCAGAAGACACCAAGAGGGUGAGUGUACCGGGGUCUACAGUCACUGAUGGGUUUCUCUGGUUGCCUUUUCUGAGGCCGUUGGAAAUUGCAUUCAGUCUGAGGUUGAGUCUGUGCUCCCCAACUGUCUAGUGGGUUUUGGACAUUGAUCACUCAUCCCUCACUUUGAUUGUCUUCAAGAAUGACUAAGAUUCUCUGAUUCCAUGUCAUGGCUUUGGGUUGACAUUUGGAAGGUGUCUACAGGAUCCGGAUGAGUGUGGAAUUUCAGGUCGCCAUAUAGUGACUUAUGUGUAGCAUCAGAAAGAACCUGAGACUAGGAGAGAGGAGGCCUGGAUUCCAGGACUGGCUGUAGCAUUAACCUGUGAUUCUGGACAAGCUGUUUAAUAUCAGAUUCAACUACAUGUGAUAAAAAUGGACAAAACAACAAAUGAAAUAGAAAUGUAUAUCUCUCUUACAUAAAAAAGGUCCAGAAGAAGGCAGCCUAGUGGCUCUGUGAUUACAGUAGAGAACUAGACUUCUGUCUUUCUGCUUCACUGUCCCAGUGUGGGGUUUUUUUGAGGUCACCUCAUUGAACAACAUGGCUGCUAAGCUCCAACAUAUCUUUUCAGGUCAUCCAAAGGUAGAAAGAGGCAAGAUCCAAAAGCACACACAUUCUCUUUCAAAGGAUUUUCUUUGAUGUCUCAUGUGACACAUCUACUUAUAUUUAACUUAGUCACAGAGUUUAGUCGCAUGGACACAUGUGGGAAAUGUAUUAUUUUACUGGGUGUAAAUAGUCCCAACUAAAAACCGGGGUUUGUGUGCAGGGAAGAAGAGAUGAAUGAAUACUUGCAUCCAGUGGGCCAUCAUUCUGCUUCACACCUUCAUUCAUUCAUUUACCACCCCCCCCAUCAUUUACUUCUCAUUCAUGCUUCCUCCAUCCAUCGUUGCUCAUUGACACCCUCUCUUAUUUAUGUACUAACUCAUUCUUUCAAAAACAAAUUGCAUUUACAAAUUUGCAAAAUGCAAAUUGCAUUGCAAAAAUAAAUUGCGUUUAUCACCUGUGAGAGUCAAUUGCCGUAUUAGGUAAAGAGAAUAGAUGUGAAUAAGAAACCAUCCUGUGAAGAGCUUGUAGACCACAAAAGAGACAGAAGAAGGCAUGCAAACUAACCACUAAAAUGCACAGUCAUGAGCUUUAACAUCCAUAUCAGGUGCUACAGGAGCACAAAGGUGGCAGGUGAGACUGUCCAGGAAGGCAUUUUCC